AUGGCUUCUCUGGUCGCUAUCUGUGACCUGAAGGGUAAAAGUCUCAUUCAACGUAGCUAUCGUGAUGACGUAUUACCAGCAACCGUCGAGAAAUUCAUGCCGAAUUUGUUGGAAAUGGAGGAAAAUGACGUCUCAUCCGUAACUCCAUGCUUCACAGUAGCUGGAAUUAACUACAUGUACAUCCGCCACAAUAAUUUGUACUUGAUCGCUUUGUCGAAAAGGAACUCGAAUGCAGCAGAAAUCCUGACCUUUCUGCAUAAAUUGGCUCAAGUGUUGUCCGAAUAUUUCAAAGAACUUGAGGAGGAGUCUAUUCGUGAUAAUGUCAGUAUUUUUAUAAUUCUCUAUGUGCUGCAGAGAAAAAAAAUGGGUUCACCAAUCAUCAUUUGCACUUCCCAAUUGAGUAUGGCCACAUGCCACAUCUUGAGCAAUACACACGAACUGAGGAUUUAUCUUUUAACCAAAGUUUGUUAUCAUUUAUGA